AAAGCCCUCAAGAGAAAGAAAGAGACGAGGAGGUGGUGGCGGCGGCGGCGGCGGCGGCGUAUUCUGGAGCAGGCCCUGAGGCAGCAAGGCCUGUGGGAGAGAGAAGGCGGGCGAGGCGACGAGGGAGCUCCCUGCCCCUGGCACAUUUGAACGAUGACGUCACGAGGACCAGCUGUUGGAAACCCUUGUGGACGCAAAAGGCGGGAUGCUGCAGAGGUGACAGCAGGGAACAAAAUGACCAGAGACUGCAAGAAGAAACCCCGUGUGGUGGUGCAAGGACAGUGUGAAAAGACAAACGAGGAAAAGAAGAGACAGUCCAAAGAAUCAGAUGUCCCUGAACAUGUUCGCCAAGAAGUGGAAAGCUGCUAUGGACUCAAGAUGCCAGAAGAUUUCUAUGAUUUUUGGAAAUUUUGUGAGAAUCUAGAUUGUGACAAACCAUGUGAUGCACUUAAAUUGAGCAUUGGACUUCAGUUAGUUGGACCAUUUGACAUUCUUGCUGGAAAACACAAAAAGACACAUGGAUCAAAAGAUGUGAACUUCAGCCUUCAUUGGAGAUUUUUUUAUGACCCUCCCGAGUUCCAGACUAUUAUUAUUGGAGACAGCAAAAUGCAGUAUCAUAUGGGAUAUUUCAGGGAUAUACCAGAUGAACUGCCAGCGUGGGUUGGUGAAAAUGAAACCAAGAAAGGUUGUGUGAUUUCUCAACUUGGUGAUAAUGUAUUUGCUGCUGUAAAAUUGUUUUUGUCCAGAAAACUUCAGGAGCUGACUGAUAAAAAGAAAUGUGGUAUUCUGAAAGAUUUAGAUGAAAAACUCACCAAAACAGCUAAAGAAUUGGGUUAUCAGUUGGAGCAAAAAACUAAGAAGAUGAAGCAGAGAGACAAGAAAAUUGUAACAAAAUCAUUCCAUGGAGCUGGUCUGGUUGUACCUGUGGAUAAGAAUGAUGUUGGAUACAGAGAGCUUCCUGAAACAAAUGCUAGUCUCAAAAGAAUCUGUAAAGCAAUUGUUGAUGCUCCUAAUGAUGACCAGAGACUGAAAGCAUUUGCCCCUAUUCAGGAAAUGCUAACAUUUGUUCAGUUUGCUAAUGAUGAAUGUGACUAUGGUAUGGGAUACGAGUUGGGUGUAGAUCUCUUCUGCUAUGGGUCACAUUAUUUUCACAAGAUUGUUGGCCAGUUGCUGCCUCUUGCUUACAACUUGCUGAAGAGAAGUGUGUUUGCAGAGAUCAUUGAAGCUCAUUUAGCUAAUAGAAGAAAAGAUAAUGUUGACCAACUUGCAGCAUGAUAUACAGUGACACCUCAUCAAGGAUGUUUGUUAUGAAUUUUGGUACUAAACGGAUGUAAUUUUGUGAAGAAUAAACAUUAAAAAAAAAAACACCUUGUUACUGGGGCAGGGGAUCCAUGCCACAUUUAUCUUUGGUUUUAGUGAUUUUUUUACUCCACCUAUGUCCUCAGUUUGAAGGCUUUUAAACAUUGUUCCACAGAAUCUGUGGAUUCCUCAAUAAGAUGGUUUUAAAAUGAUGAGUUUUGUUCCAAUACUGGUACUCCACAUAUAUAUGCAGGGGACAUUGGUUCAAGAGCAGUGCAGCAGACUUAGCAAUAGCAAGUACUUUUCUAUACCGCUUAUCAGUGCACUUAAGCACUCCCUGAGCGGUUUACAAAGUGUAAGCUAAUUGCCACCAACAAGCU